AUGGCCGGCCGGCGCGUGGACCGGCACCAACAGCAUUACAACAAGUAUCACCAACAAAACGAGCUUCAACAAAACGAGGAUAAAGCGCAUUACCGGCAAUUAAGUAGACGCGAACCGAUCUCUUCUCUUCUUCUCAUCGCUAUAAUCACGGCAGCAGGAGCGAAGGCUCAGAUAGCAAAGGAAGAAGAAGUAGCAGCAAGAGCAGUGGCAAUAGCAUCGGCAGCAGCAACGAUAUUAUUAUCAUCGGUAGCAGUUAACGAAUUACCGGCUACGGUAGCAUUAUCAGAGGUAUCGUCGACAGUAUCGCAAGAAGAAGAAUCAGUAGCAUUGGCAACAGUAGCAGUAACAGCAACGGCAACAGCAGCAGCAGCACUAGCAGCAGUAGCAGCAGCAGUAUCAGUAUCAGUAUCAACGGUACCAGCAGUACCAGUACCAAGGUUCGCGGCCGUCGGCGGUUAA